AUGAGUGCAAGUAGAUACAUAUCAAAGAAACUUCAACCAUUUAUAACUUCAAAAUUAGAACUAACUCAACAACUUGAAAAACUAGAGAAAGAUUAAAAGGAAGAGGAAAAUUUGAGUGAUUAAUACUUUGAUCAAUUGGGAAAAGUAGAAAAAGUAAUAAUGAAUAUCAUUUAAGGAAUAUGAAACACUUGUUCACAUUUUAGAAGAGUAUGGUAAGAGGACUACUGUUAAAUAAAAUGGAGAUACAGAUUAAGCAUAAAAUUUAGAUUCUCGAAUUGAAAAAGCUGUUAUUGAGACAUUAAGUUUAUACUUACUUGGUAAUAGUAAAAAAGAAUAAUUGGAAGCAUUAUAAGAAAGAGAAAUAGCUAAAAGAUUAUCUUCUAUAAAUCUAACUCUUGGUAAAAAUCAAAUUGAUCAAUAAAAAAUAAUUGAUGAUGACAACUAAUUAAAUGAAAAUGAAUAUGGUUAUUUUGUAACAUUGAAAUCUGAUGAUACUUCUAUUGAUGUAAAAAUACCUGCAACUAUUAAAACAUUUAAGGAGUUGAAAUAAAUCAUUAAAUCUUGUUUCAUGUUAGAAGAAAAUGAAAUAUUUUGCACAGAUCUUAUGGGCAAUCUAUUUUAAGAUAAUAUGGUUUUGUUAGAUGAAAUUUAUCCUCCUCUUUAUGAUUUAAUGAAAAACUAUCAACCUAUUAUUGGAGUAUAAGUUGUGAAAUAAGUUAAACUUAAGGAAAUUGUUUAAAGUGGAGAUGAAAGUUUGUUAUCUGAUGAUGGAGCUCGAUAUUUCAUUAAAAGAUUAAGAACAACCAAACCUGUUUAAAAAAAAAUUAAUUGGAAUUUAUAUCUAAGCUACUUAAACAAUUUUAAAUAUUUUAUUGAAACAGUUUUGUUUCUUAUGGUUCUUGGUUUAUUUUUAGUUGUUUAAAUAGAUUCAAUUAAAUUUACUACUAGUUCCUCAAUGAUUACUUCAUUUUAAAAAUAAAUGCAAAUUUCUAAAUCAUUUUUAUCACCAAUCAAUAAUAUUUCAUAGAUUAUAAAUUAAACACUCACCUAUACUGAUGAUACUCAUAAAUAUCCUACAUAUCCUUUAGUAUCUGGAUUAUUAAUAUAAACAUUAGUUAAAUAGGUAUAUUUUAUUUUAAUCUAGGAAAAAUUAUAAGAUUGUUCUAUUCUAAAUUAACAUUAAAAAUAAAUGUUUAUUGAUAAUAAUUAAAGUUGUUUAGAUUUCUCUAUUCUUCUAACAGACAAUUUAACUGAUGAAUAUGAAUUCAAUAACUUUAAUCCAUCAAUAUACAAUCAAUAAUUUGGAGGAUAUGUUUGGGAAUUGAAUUUAACAUCCCAAUAAGAAUUUAGUGAAAAUAUUUAAUUACUAUUUGAAAAAAAUUGGAUUUAAUAUAAUAUAAAAUCAUCAAAAUUCAUUUUAAAUUAUUUUAAUACUCCUACUAAAAGACUAAUCUAAGUUGUUAUUACAACUAUAUACUUAUUUAAUGAUGUAGAUACUUAUUUUAAUUUAGAUUUUACUAAAUUAUAACAGCAUUAACCUAGAAUCAUUUGAUUUUAAUAAAUCUACUGAAACUGAUGAUUUCUAUGAUGAAAUUAUAUUCUAUUUAUCUAUCCUACUCUUGUCUUUAUCAUUUUUAGGUGAGAUUAAUCAAAUUUAUUCUAGAUUUCUUUGCCAUAUACAAAAAUAAUUCUGAUAACCCUUUUAUUUUUUUAUAUAAUUCCUAUUCUGAACUAAUAAACAAAUAAAAAAAAUUAUAAUCCAAAAAAAAAGAAUUAUCAAGUGUAGAAUAACAAGAAUUAUAAUAAAAAGAAUUAAUCAUUGGAGAUUAUUUUAUUUUUUAAAUAUCUGUUGUUUAUGUUGUUAUUAAAAUUCCUUUAAUUUUUGACUUUGUUUGUAAUCAUAAUAAUUAAUAUAGAUAUUCUAUCAAAUAUAACAAUAUUAAUAAGGGGAACAAUAUAAGAGAUUUAUACUAAUGCUUUAGAUGAAAUUUAAAUAAACUCAAAUGUAUUUUAAGAUGCAUCAAAAUUAAUUGUUCCAGCAUUUAUUUUGAAAAUAUUUACUGGAGUUUAGAUUUUACUUUUAAUGGGUUCAAUAAUUAGAUUCUUAGGUAAUUGGAGUCCUUAUCUAAAAUGUUAUGGAUUAGUAAUGAUAAGAGUAAAUCAUAUAAACUAUAUUACUAGUUCAAUAAAUAAUCUUCAUUUUUAUUAUUAGUCCUCGUAUUUAUUAUUAGCAUAAGUGCAAUGUCUUGGUCCAUUACAAUUUAAGGUAAGCUUCUAUAUUAAGAUAAUUUCUUUUAUGAUUUCCUUGGUUUAUUACGUUGUUCUUUAAAAUAUGGAAUGCAUAAUGAUUUAGGAGAUUUAGGAUUGGAAAAUAACUAUUAAAAAUAAAUAAGUUAUGCUUUUGAAACUAGAUAUGUAAUUAAGAUCUUUAAGAUUAAGCUAUAAUAUUUGAUAAUUUUAGUUAUAUCUUUUAUCAUGGUUCCAAUAUUCAUUUCAUUGAUGACACAAUAGGUACAUAACACUAAACUAGAGGCUGAAUAAAAGAUGAUAGAAAUGUAAAAAGAAAAAGAAGAAGAAGAAAAAUAAAAAUAAAAAAAGAAAUGA